AUGGGAAGAGGCAAGUACGGCAUCGUAGCUUUCCACAACGUCGACCCUUCCCAGAAUCAACACCUGCUGGAAAAGACACAUUGGGACGAAACAACAGACACCGCCACACUUCGGGACAUGUACAAAGACUUUCACCCAGUCGUGAGGAAUAUCGUUGGAGCUGCACCUCACGUACGCACCUAUCCGAACUUUUACGGCGGCUUCCUAGAUACAUACGAAUUUGGUGGUCGAGUCGUGCUCGUAGGCGAUGCAGCACACUGUCAUGGAGGAGCACUGGCUGCAAACGCCUCUCUUGGGAUCGACGAUGCUUACUGUCUCUACCUGUCUCUUCUCCGAAAGGUAUCCUCUGAUGGGCGAUUGACACUGGGAGCAGAGAAAUUAGAGCAGAGCCUGAGACUAUACGAUGCUGUGCGCAGACCGCAUUGCGAGAAGGUCCUGAAAGUGACACAUGCGAUGUACGGUAUGAACAACGAGCGAUUGUGGGGUGGAGGAGAAGAAGAGACGGACGACCAGCUUAGGGAGAAGUUGAGGACACGGCCAUAUGCCGAAUGGAUUCAUGAGCAUGACGUGGAGACUGCAUUCAAAGAUGCAUCCCGGCGCAUGUAA